AUGAAGACGGCGGAAUGUCGCGUAAAAGCUCGUGAUAUCGUUUGUAAUAUUAAUCAGCUGAUACCUGAUUCACUUCCCAAUACGUGCCCGAAAUACGAUACUAAGUUAUAUAGUUAUUAUAUGGGUUGUUACAAAGAUUCACGAAAUUCUCGUCUUCUUAAUGGGCAUUAUUACACGUUUAAGAAUAAUUCACCAUCGUACUGUAUAAAUACAUGCCUUCGAGCAGGUUACAGUUUUGCAGCUAUUGAAUAUCGUGACGAGUGUUUCUGUGGUGACGCUUUGACAAAUAUUGCUUCACUUCCGGAUAUUUCAUGCAAACAGUAUCACUGUAAUGAUGAUAGCUUGUUUUGUGGUGGUUAUAAUGCAGCUGCUGUUUAUCGCACUGGUGUAAUUGAAAAGCCUCUCUUGGUAAUAAAUUAUACUGAACCAGAUGACAGUUUACCAGCUGUGCAGAUUUUAUUUCUUUUACAAUUGAAUGGACGAAAUGCUCGGCAGGUGAACCGUCUAUUUCGGAUUAUUUAUUCACCGAAACAUUAUUAUAUAAUACAUGUUGACAGCCGACAGCAGUACAUGUUUGAGGAGAUGAAGAAACUUGUUGACACUGUUCGUAAGGCAGGUUACGGGAAUGUUUAUUUGAUGGAAAAACGUUAUGCAACGAUAUGGGCAGGUGCUACAUUAUUAUCUAUGGUUUUGGAAGUGUUAAAAACAGCUUUGUAUUCUCUGAAAUGGAACAAUUGGGAUUUCAUGUUGAAUUUAAGUGAAAGCAAUUUUCCGAUCCUUUCAAUGGUUGAAUUAGAAUUUCAUUUGGCGAAAAAUAAAGGGCGAAUCUUUCUAAGCAACCAUGGUUAUGAUACUGCACGGUUCAUUCAAAAGCAAGGACUGGAAUAUGUUUUUAUGCAAUGUGAAAAUCGGAUGUGGCUCCUAAUGAAACGGACAAAAUUCCCAAGUUCGAUUCGCUUGGAUGGUGGCUCUGAUUGGAUUGUUAUCAGCCGAGAUUUUGCCGAAUAUGCCUUAUCCGAUGAGGAAUUACCCCUAAAUUUUCGAAAAUUUUUCGACAAUGUUCUGCUACCAGUUGAAAGUUUCUUUCAUACUCUAGCAGCUAAUUCGAAAUUUUGCAUGCAAGUUGUAAAAGGAAAUUUACAUCUGACAAAUUGGAAACGUCGACAGGGUUGUCGCUGUGCAGGAUUGAAAAAGAUUGUCGAUUGGUGUGGUUGUUCACCUCUCGCUUUUCGAUCAUCGGAUGUCUCGAAAUUUUCAAUUGAGGCUGUGAAGAAUAGGGUGGCAUUUUUCGGUCGCAAAUUUGAUCCAAUGAUAAGUCAGCGAGCUAUUGCAAUCGCUGAGGCGCAAGCAUUACGAUUUACUGAUACUAUCAGUGAUAGCAGUCAUCCAUCAUUUAACAAAUCUUGGACAAAUGUUUAUUUAUCACCAUUUGAUCAAUCAAGUAAUACUCAGACCAGUUUUGCUCGUACAUUAUUGCCUUAUCAAAAGAGUCGAAAUUGUAUAUUUGGAAAUCUUUCAUCGAUUAUUGCUUACAAAGAAAACGAUGUUGCACACAUUCAAAACAUAUACAGAUCAUCAUACAUAUGUGAUGAUAACGAAGUGGAAUUUAUCCAAGUGCUAGUGGAAUCAAUCAAUCCAGUAAAAUUUAUGGAUAUAAUUACGGAUGGUUAUGAAUUGAAAAGUCUUGAAAUUGGUUCUGAUUUCGAUUUCAAAGAAGAAAUUUUCCGGAAAUAUCAUAAUGUUUUAUCAGAGGAAGAUACAAUUUAUGCAAAAUUGCAAUGGCGAAGGAUCGAGUCGUUAUCAACAUCUGUUCACCAAAAUUUCACUAGUCCUGAAAUAAUGGUGAAAUGGAAGGAUCCCUCAGAUGUCGUUGUUAAACAGGCAAAAGUGAAUUCAUAUGAUUCCAUAUAUGGCAACCAGUAUACAGAAUUAUUUUCAAAUGAGACAACAUCCGGUGAAUGGAUCGCUGAAUUUGUUCAUAUGGAAGCUAAUGCUAGUACUAUUAUUAGUUCGAUAAAAUUUAUAAUAUUUUCUUCAAAUGAUAACAAUAUCGAUGAUAAUAUAGUAUCGAAAUACUUUCGUCGUAUUGAUUUUUGCUCAGAAGCUAACAUUGAUGAUUUGCCAAAUUGUCUGGAAACAUCAUGGAGUGCAAAUUUUCCGGAUUUAAAAUCUCGUUUAUUAAUUAAUUAUGCUUGA